UUCCGACCAGGUCCCAGCUUUUCCGCCUGCAGGCUUCAAGUAUGGGGUCUGCUGGUCUGGCGCGGCUGCAUGGACUCUUCGCGGUCUAUAAGCCCCCGGGCCUAAAAUGGAAGCACCUGCGGGAUACUGUGGAGCUGCAACUUCUGAAAGGUCUCAAUGCUGGGAAGCCUCUUGCCCCUGAACAGCGUGUUCGCUUUUUGCUGGGUCCCAUGGAAAACAGUGAGAAGAAGGAACUGACCCUAACAGCCACCAGUGUGCCCACCCUUGUCAACCACCCGCUGGUACGUGGACCAGCAUUCACCAGCCUGAAGGUUGGCGUGGGACACCGGCUAGAUGCCCAGGCUUCUGGGGUGCUUGUGCUCGGCGUGGGACGUGGACGCAGGCUCCUCACCGACAUGUACGACGCUCAUCUCACCAAGGAUUACACAGUGCGUGGCCUCCUGGGCAAAGCCACGGAUGACUUCUGUGAGGAUGGGCGGCUGGUAGAGAAGACAACAUAUGACCACGUGACCAGGGAGAAGCUGGACCGCAUCCUGGCCAUGAUCCAAGGCUCCCAUCAGAAGGCCCUGGUGAUGUACUCCAACCUGGACCUGAAGACCCAGGAGGCCUAUGAGAUGGCCGUGAGAGGCUUGAUCCGGCCUAUGAACAAGUCCCCAAUGCUGAUAACUGGCAUCCGCUGUCUCCAUUUUGCACCUCCAGAAUUCCUCCUAGAGGUGCAGUGCAUGCAUGAAACGCAGAAGCAGUUGCGAAAGCUGGUGCAUGAAAUCGGCCUGGAGCUGAAGACCACCUCUGUGUGUUCCCAAGUGCGGCGCAUACGUGACGGCUUCUUCACGCUGGAUGAUGCCCUCUUGAGGACCCAGUGGGAUCUGCACAGCAUCCAGGAUGCCAUCCAGUCUGCAGCCCUGCGGGUAGCUGCGGAGCUGGAGAAGAACUUGAGGCUGGGGUGGGGAAUCCACCAGCAUCCCAGUCCAGGCCAGCCCUGGGACUCUGCGGGUCCAAGCUCUGCCUGGGAGCUGGAGAGCAACAUGAAACAUUGAAAGCCCAGGCAAGCAGGGCACAGUGUCCUGGGAUUAUAGGCUGAGCCACUGAGCCCGGCCAACUUUAAAACAAUGAAUG